UAAUGUGCGUGUAUACAGUAAUCGUGCUUCUGUUAGUUAUCUCUUAAUCUCGGAAAAAUGGGAAGUUGAUGGGAAGUCUAAAUAUCAUAUUAAUUCGUAUCUCGUUGCCACAUACAGAAACUAGCACGUUUCGAUUCUUUGUGCGUGUCAAUAAAAUGAUUUCCGCAUACCGUAUAUCGUAACCCGUGAAAUGAACCGUCGUCUGCCACAACAUAACCUCAUCGGGUCGUAAAAGAACACGUAAACAAUCGGAAGAAGUAUAAUUUAUUAGCCGGCUGCCUCAGCACAGGACGUUUGUUACAGAACAUUCCAGAAUGUCUGAGAACAACGAGACAACAGCGGAGAAGGAAGUGGUCACUGAGGACCCAAAUGCUGUCUCAGAAGAGGACAAGCAGUAUUUAUCAGAAUAUGUACGGGAGACGGAGCAAAGACUGACGACAAAGGAAGAGAUUCGUGCUUCUAAUAUGAAUCCUUCGAGACCAUCCGACGCAUCGUUCAGUAAACUUGACUCAAGCCUCAAGAGGAACACUACGUUUGUGAAGAAAUUAAAGAAUUUCAGUGUAACACAACUCGAUACAGUCCUGAAGGACAUGGCGAACUUAAACCUGACUAAGUACGUAAGCGAGGUUGCCACAGCUCUGGUGGAUGCCAAAAUAAAAAUGACCGACGUCGCACCUGCCAUCAGGGUAUGCAGCUUCCUCCAUCAGACAUAUGCCGAGUUCUCCACUCAUUUCUUCGAGAAUUGGCAGAGAAUAUUGUCAUUGAAGAUCGGCGACAAGAUCGCGAAUCCCAGCAAGCUGAGAGUGGACCUUCGAUUCUACGCGGAACUGGUGAACGCAGGAAUCUUCACGCACAAGCAAGGUCUGCCGCUACUGGGCUCCGUGUUGACAGUCUUGAUUAACAUGGACAAGGAGGAACACAAUAACGCCAGUAUAAUAUUGAGCUUCUGCCGGCACUGUGGCGAAGAUUACGCCGGCUUGGUACCUAAGAAAGUGCGAGAGUUGUCCGAGAAGUUGAGUGUUACGAUCCCCAAGAGCAAACUGUUGUCGCCCGACAAACAGCAAAACGUCAAGCUGUUGUUGCGGGACUAUUAUAAUUCUUUGUGCAAGCACUUGUUGAAGGAGCAUAAAGAUCUGCAGGCGUUCGAGAAACAAAAUCGCAAGAUCCUACAGACCAGAGGCGAAUUGAGCUCUGAAAGGAAAGAGAAGCUGGAAGCCUUGCAGGUGUCUUACGAACGUUUACUAAACAGCGUGCAAAGUUUCUCAGAUACUCUGGACGAGCCAAUGCCCGAGCUUCCGGUAGACAGUGAGAUGAAAGCUGAAACGGAGGAAACGCUGAAGAUGAUCAACGAGGGAGAGGAUAGUAACAUUCUUGAGGACAUGUGGGGUGACGAAGAGACGAGACGCUUCUACGAGGUUUUGCCGGAUCUAACGGUAUUCUUACCAGGUUCGUACUUGAAAGAGUCCCCGAAAGCGGACGCACCGAUAACGGAGGACGCCUUGGACGACGAGAUAGUGUUCGACGAGUUGGAGGAGGCCGAGAAAGUGGAGGAGCCGGAGACGGAGGUGGAGGAACCGCAGGUAUCGAAUAUCAGCAACAAGAUAAUGUUGGAUGCUUUCUUGACACAUCUACCGAAUUGUGUGAAUCGCGAGAUGAUCGACAAUGCCGCGGUGCACUUCCUGAUGAAUCUCAACACGAAACACAACAAGAAGAAGCUGGUGAAGGCUCUCUUCGGUGUUUCCAGAAUCCGUCUGGACCUUCUGCCCUUUUACUCUCGUUUAGCAGCCAUCCUCUACGCCGUGAUGCCUGACGUCGGGAACGAUCUGUGCCAGAUGCUCAAGCAGGACUUCAAAUAUCACGUGCGCAAGAAGGAUCAGAUCAACAUCGAGUCGAAGAUCAAAGUGGUCCGUUACAUCGGCGAACUUGUGAAGUUCAAGCUCUACUCCAAGUUGGAGGCGCUCUACUGUCUGAAAGUUUUGCUGCACGACUUCACGCACCAUCAUAUCGAGAUGGCCUGCAAUCUGCUGGAGAUCUGCGGCAGAUACCUUUUCUGCUCGCCGGAUUCUCAUCAGAGAACCAAGGUCUAUUUGGAACAGAUGAUGCGCAAGAAGGCAGUUACUGCUCUUGACUCUCGCUACGUCACGAUAAUAGAGAACGCGUACUACUUCGUGAACCCACCCGAGUCCACCGGCGGCAUCUCGAGAAAGGACAGACCGCCCGUGCACGAAUUCAUAAGGAAACUAUUGUACCAAGACCUUUCGAAGACGAACACCGAUAAGGUACUCAGGUGGAUGCGCAAACUUGAUUGGGAGGACGAGAGCGUGUCGUCCUACGCCAUUAAGUGUCUCACUGCCGCUUACAACGUCAAGUAUCUCAACAUUCGUUGCGUGGGGAGUCUUUUGGCCGGUCUGGUGGGUCACUAUGAGACCAUAGGGCCUCACGUGGUCGACGGGGUGCUCGAGGAUAUUCGGCUGUGCAUGGAAGUGAACCUGCCCAAGUUCAACCAACGACGCAUCGCCAUGGUGAAGUACCUGGGGGAAUUGUACAAUUACCGGAUGGUGGAGAGUGGCGAUAUUUUCCGCACCUUGUAUCUGCUGAUCACUUUCGGCGUCAGCAUGGAUCACUCGGUGCAGAGCGUACUCGACCCACCCGAACAUCUCUUCCGCAUUCGACUGGUGUGCACCCUGCUGGAGACUUGCGGCCAAUACUUCAGCGGCGGUUCCAGCAAGAAGAAGCUCGACUACUUUCUAGUGUUCUUCCAGAACUACUACUGGUUCAAGUACACGGAGCCAAUCUGGACGGCCGAGAACCCGUUCCCCGUCGGGAUAGACUAUAUGUACCGUGACACCCUGACGAUGCUGCGACCUAAGAUGCAAUUGUUCCAAAGCUACAAGGAGGCGCAAUGCGCCGUGGACGAGUUGAGAAAUACUCUCUAUCCGACUCUGGGCAAUCCCUCCGCCGACGACGCGACUGCGGAUGGCGAGACUGACAUGGGCGUCAUCAUGGAGGUCGACGAGGAGGCAGCGGUGACUGGAAACGGGAGUGGGGACGCGAAGGGGAUCGCCGAGCUGCACUUCGAAGAAUCCGAGGACUGCUCCGAGGCGCAAUCCGAGGAAGAAUGGACGGCCGACGCGGAACGGGACGACGCUAUGGGCACCCAAGAGAACACCCAAGGCGAUCAGAGUCUAUCGGAGGGCGGUACCGAGGGUGUGAUAAUGGAUGUAACGGAACUGAACGCAGCCUUGCCAGCUGGACCGCGACGAGUGAGUUGUCCGGAGGACGACGACUUUCUGUCGGCAUUGGAUAAGAUGGUGUCGGAUAACAUACAAGAUCGCAUGCGGGACUCGGUGAAGCCGCAACAGGUCGAUAUCUCGGUGCCACUGCAUGUGAAGAGCACCAAGAAGACUUACGAGCAAUUGCAAGAGAGACCGAGCGACAACACCACCGUGGAUUUCGUGCUGAUGUUGAGGAAGGGUAAUAAGCAACAAUACAAGAAUCUAGCAGUGCCGGUGUCAUCCGAGUUGGCCAUGAAUCUCAGGAAUCGCGAACAGGAGCAGAAGGAGGAGAAGGAACGCGUGAAGAGACUGACUUUAAACAUCACCGAGAGGCAAGAAGAGGAGGACUAUCAGGAGACCAUCAAUCAGGGUACAAGACCGGUUACCGUAAAUUUAAACAGGGAACGUCGGCAGAAGUAUAAUCAUCCUAAGGGUGCUCCUGACGCCGACCUUAUUUUCGGUCCGAAGAAAAUUCGAUAAGUUUGGUCAUUCUGAAAAUCAAAUGGUUGUAUUCUGUUGAGGAACUCUGACGUUUACGUAAGCAUGAAAGACAUCGAACUCGCGGCGGCAUCGGACUACCGUUCGUCUCUAUGUUUUUUGCUACGUGGUAGAAUUUUCUGACUGUUGGAAACGCCAUAGAACUUGUUUAAAAACGAACAUCAUGGUAUGUGGAAUACGAAAACAAUUAAGUAACAUGAGUGUAUUAUAUGUACAGACAAUUUGAUUUAGCGCAUUUAAGCAUAAUUGAAGGAUUAUUCGCCACGAGUAAAACUCUGUUUUGAAUAUUGAAUUAAAUAAAACAUAUUGCUCUAAAUAUAUUGAUCGAAGUGUACAGGUGUGACAAAAAAAUCGAAAAAAUAGGUACUUUUUUCGUUACAACGCACUGCCGAUCUUAAUUGAUCUUAGAUUACGCGCUAAACCAACUCGAGGGUUUACUGCAUCAUAUGCAUUUCGAAUUUAUAAUAAUGAUAACUAGUCGCAUUGACUUAUAUAUAAUUCUCCAUCAUAUACGGUAAUUUUUGUGUGAGCGAAGUGAUAUUAGGAUUUUUCAUAGACAAAUUUAUCGCCAAUCAUUAUUCCAUGUUACUCAACAUUGUAAUAUACGAUCCAUUUAUAUAUACUCAAUUUGUUCUUAUUUCUUUUCUUUUUCAAUUGACUUCACAUCUCAUUAAUUUAAAAAAAUAAAACAAGAAAAGUAUCAGAUACUCUUCUUUCUUUUACACGAAA